GAGCGUUAAGCCCUACUUGAUGACACCCAAUAGCUUUGAUGAUAGUAUGCCUCAAAGGCAGGCUUUAUUACCCUUAUGUGCGGAGUUGUUAAUACUAUCCGUUCACGAGUAUCUAUUGCUACCCAAUUGGUUUGACAGCUUGAUAGAGCUUAGUCAAGUACUAGUUACACAGGAUUUGAAUGCCCCAAUUGAGAGGAACAGAUACCGGCUUUCCCUUUCAAUGACCGAGCCCAACUCCCGAGUUAUUUCCUAGCAGCGGUACAUACGGUACAGCACAAAUUCUGGCUAGCUCUCUGGUCCGCUCUCUCCACCACUCUUGUACAGCAACGCCUCCUUCAGGAUAGGCUUUCACAACAUCCCCCCUUUACCCAAACGAGCAAUGUAGUCCCUCCCAACCGAGGGGUUAUGCUGCAACGUGGGGCACCAAGGGGACUCGUAGCAAUGGUAUAAGAGACGGCACAACAAACAGAGGGAAGCUAUCCAGAACAACAAGCCGUACCUCCAAGCCCAUCCACUAGAUAAAAAACUCAGGUACGCAUUCAACCAUGACAUAUAUACCGCCUCCCUUCCCCCUCCUAACCCGUCCAUCAUUAUCUCUCAACUAUUUUCAGAACUAACCAUGGGUUCCAUUUUCAGCAAAUCCUUGUCGGAGAAAGCCAACAUGUCCUUCACACACUACUCCAACGCACAAGCCUCCUUCAAACCACCUCUAAUAGCAAACGAAAACGCCUUCUUGGGCGAUAUCUCGACAUCUGAAAAGAAUGACCCCAAAGCCCCCAUUUCUGCUGGGUUCUAUAGACUCGAGAAGGGAACCCCGUUGGUCUAUGAGUACACGUACCACGAGAUGAAGAUUAUUGUCGACGGGGAGUUUGAUAUCUCGGACGAGACGGGGCAGAAAGUUCAUGCUGUUAAGGGGGAUGUGUUUUAUUGUAAGUUGUCCAUGUACUUGGAUGGUGGGGAGUGAAGAGGGCUAAUAAGGUGACGUAGUCCCCAAGGGAAGCAAGAUCACAUUUACCACCGAGACUUUCGGGUUGGGAUUUUUCGUUGGGCAGAGAAAGGUUCGUUCUCUCCAGUCAAUGGUUACGGGUCGCUCGCUAAUUAAUAUAUAG